GAAAGACGCCCGACACGUACGGCCCGCUGUCUGCUGGAGGGAGCCGGAGAGUGUCAGGCGAGCCGGGCUGGGCCGAACCGAGCCGGGACGGCAGGCACUGUGGAGCGAAUGGAAGGAGAGAAGAAGCAACUCAGUUAAAACCUCGAAGUGUUAUUUUAUUUUUAUUUUUUUUCCACACAAAUCAGCUGGCGGUUUAUUUUCACAUGUGGGUGUGAUUUUUUUUCCCCAUAUGUUUGCACGAGACUAACCAAAUCUCUAAAUAAGAAGCGUUAGAGGAAGAAAUGGAGAAUUCAAACGGCUUCUCGUCGGACAGGAACGUCCUCUGCCUGUUUGACGUGGACGGCACCCUGACACCCCCCAGAGAGAAAAUCGACCCCCAGCUGGAUGAGUUCUUCCAGACUCUGCGGAGGAAAGUGAAGAUCGGCAUCGUGGGAGGAUCAGACUACUCCAAGAUAGCAGAGCAGCUCGGGGAGGGGGAUGAUGUGAUACACAAGUUCGACUAUGUGUUUGCUGAGAAUGGAACAGUGCAGUACAAAGAUGGGAAACUGCUCUCAAAACAUGCCAUUCAGAACCAGAUCGGAGAGGAGCUGCUGCAGGACCUGAUCAACUUCUGCCUCAGCUACAUGGGGCUCAUCAAGCUGCCGAAGAAAAGGGGGACAUUCAUUGAGUUCAGGAAUGGAAUGCUGAACAUUUCCCCCAUUGGUCGGAGCUGCACCCUGGAGGAACGAAUCGAAUUUUCUGAAAUCGACAAGAGAGAGAAGAUCAGGGAGAAGUUUGUUGCGGCCCUGAAACAGGAGUUUGCUGGAAAGGGGCUACGGUUCACUAAAGGUGGUCUCAUCAGCUUUGACAUUUUUCCAGAGGGCUGGGACAAGAGACUGUGUUUAGAGCUGCUGGACAGGGAAGGCCUGGACGCCAUCUACUUCUUCGGCAAUGAGACCUCAGAUGGAGGAAACGACUUUGAAAUUUUCAACGAUCCACGGACCAUCGGUUUCACAGUUUACUCUCCGGACGACACAGCCAGGCUCUGUCGGGAAAUUUUCUUCGAUGCUUCACCGCACGAGUCCUGAUGUCCUGAACUGCCCCCGUCCUUCACCCAGAUGCCCCUCUGAACUGGAGUUUUGGAUGUCUGCUGAUCUGACAGCCAGCAUCUUGAGCCCAAGCUAUUUAUGAACUGCUGAAAAAUACCACUACUGAUGUUAUUAAUAAUGUUGUUAAAUGUAAAUGGACAGCAGCGGUGAGAUUUACCGACAUUAUAGUUGAGUAAAUCGCACAGCUUUUAAAAAAAAAAAAGGGACUGAGGAAGAGUUAGAUGAUGUUGUGUGUUGAACUUUGAAGUACUGUGCCAGAAGAUGUGUUUGACUGUGGAGUCACCGCACUGAGAUAUGUAGCAUGUAACCCGAAAUUAAUCAAAAAGCUUCAAGAGAUUAUAAAACAUUCUGCAAUGUGGAAAGUUGAUACUCCAAAUUGCUUAGAGUAAAGAAUGUUUUGCACUAAUUUUGCAGAAUUUGAUGCUAAUAGUUCACACUGCUGAAAGGGUUGGGAGAGACUGACUUUGCUUGUUGUGUUCUGAGUCCAUUUCAAACAAUGAGAUGUGAAUAAACUGAAGAUAAGAGCCUUCCUUCCUCUCGGGUUGAGGACACAGGAAUCAUUCCGGGUGUUUUGACGUUUUAUGUGAUUUGUUGGUUGUUUACUGUGAUCCCCUGAAUGUCAAGGGUCUGUUUUAGCUUCACAAAGCUGCUGAAGGAUAAAGGAACUUGCUGGUGUUUCUUGUUUUGCGUCUUGAGGUUCUUAAAAUGAAUCGAAGUGAAGAUGUUGGAGAUAUAUAUUUAAAAUUGAGCAUGACUGAUUCAGUGAAUUCAUCUCACUCCACAGAUUUUGUGAGUCAGUACGGCAACUGUCUAUGUAGAAUAUUUUUACAAGUUGUAUCAUGCCCUGCACCCUGUAUACUGGGUAAAUAAAUGUAUUGGUUCUUAUUGCUUGACACCUUGAAGCAACAGCUGCUUCACAGGUUUUUAACCCUCCUGUUGUCCUCAUGUAUGGGCACCAAAAAAUAUUGGAAAAUUUGCAAACGUUCAGGAAGAAAAUUCCAGUAAUUCCUUAAAAGUUUUCCUUAAAAGUUUUAUUUAAAAAAAAAAAAAAAAUCCCCCAAAUUUGGCAAGAAAAUUCUUGUAAAUAUUUUCAAAAAAUUUGUAAAAAUCUUCCAAAAAAUACCCUAAAAAUAUCUAAAGUGAUUACAUAUAUAUCAGUAAAACUUCUAAUAUUUUCUUUAAGAGCAUUCACACAAAAAAUCAACCAAAAUAAAGUGAAUUUUGCUGGAUUUUGGUUGAUUUUUAUGUGAAUGUUCUUAAGAAACAUUUUUAACAUUUCUUUUUUUUCCACCAAAAAAUGUUCAAAGAUUUCCCAAAAAUGUUGAAAAUGUGGACAUCAGAAGCUUCACUGUAAAAAUAUUUUUUUUCCCCACAUUUUCAAACUUUAAAACGGGUCAAUUUUGACCCGCAGGACAACGUGAGGGUUAAAAGGUAUAACGAUGUGAGAACAGCCAGAUAUUGUCUCCGUGAUGGAUCAUUAUUGUGAAUAUGUUGAAAAGUCAUAUUUUUGAGUGUAAACGCUCUGUCAACUUGAAAGGCUACAUGGUUCAUAUGGACUUCUAAUGUGUCCCUGAUGCUAACUUUAAGGUUGUAUUUCAGCCACUUACUGAUAAAAAUUAAUUAUGUAUAUUCAUUAAGUCUUCAAUGUAAUAAAUUUUGAUAUCAUUUAAA